CACUUUCUUCCCACCAACUUCCCCUCGGCACGUCUUCACCUCUUCCUCCUCCUCUCCCCAUCUCCAAACCAUCCACUCGAUCCCCAGAAAUCAAAUCCCCAAAAACACGCAACCAUGUCUCUCGAACCCUUCUUCACCGCCCUCUCCGUCGCGCAGUCCGGCGCCCAGUACACCCCGGAGGUCCAGUCCGCCGCCGCCGGCAUCAACGCCGACCUGCUCAAGGUCGCCGUCGAGCUCGUUCUGGCAGGCGAUGACUCCGCCUCCGUCGAGGGCGAGCAGGCCACCGCUCUGAAGGCCGGUUUCGAGUUCGCUACCAAGGUCGUCAAGAUGCUGGAGAAGGAGCCCGGGCAGACGGAGAUGUUGACGCUCUACAAGUACUUCAAGCAGGCCCGUGGUGAGAAGCCCGCUGAGCCGUCGUUUUACCAGAUCGAGUCCAAGUACAAGUACAACGCGUGGAAGGAAAUCAGCGGCAUCUCCGCCGCCAAGGCCCAGGCUCAGUACAUCAAGGAGGUUGCGGCCCUGAUCGAGAAGUUCGGCACUCGCUCCUAG